GGUUCCGUGUACGAUGAAUAUCCUAAAUAUUAUCUUUUGCUUAUUAGUUUUGGUAGUGAUCUAUGAUCCUUGGAUACACACAUAUAAGAUUUGUACGGAAUGUAACGUGAAUUUAAGGGUUCCAAGCGUCAAUCAAUGCGGAUCGUUUUGUGACAUCGUUUCAAACAAAACCAAGGAUUCCAUCCCCAGCAAAAGGUCUUGGAAAUUGAAGCUGAUAUGUCGCAGUGAUACAUCCCUUUUCAUUGGCGCGGAUUUGGAUCUCAAAUUUGAAAACCUGGAUUCUAUCGUCUUCCAGAUUUAUGAACUUUAUGCACCAGAAACAACGAGGCCCGUCUAUUACCUCCAGGAUAAAUUGGUAUCCAAUAUGAAGUUUGACAACCUGAGUGAAAGUACCUCAUACACAGUUUCUGUGGCGGCAUACAACAGGAAGGCGGAGCUGAUCGGAAAGAGCAAGGAGUAUUGGUUCGAAACACUAUCAAGCAAAUAUGCUCCAGGGAAACCAAAAAACCUUAGGCUCCAGAACAUAACCAUUGAUGAAAACAACCCGAAAGCGGUUAAGGCCCGAAUUAGCUGGGAGCCCGCUGGGAACAAAAAUUGUGACUUUGAAGUUGUGACAAUCAUGGGCGACUAUAUUCGCUCCAAUGGCGGCACUCACGGAAUAUUCUACUCAGAAGUGGCAAAUGUUGAAAUGGGGACAACCUUUCAUGUUGGAAUAGAAGGCAAGCGUCCAAACGCAAGCCACUUGCAAGGAAAACCAACAUGGAGAGAAUUCACAGUCCCAUCCUGUUUGGAGAUGUACCCCGACAAUUUAACAAUAUGCGCACCACCAGAACCUCAAGGACUCAACUUCCAACUGAGCUACUUCUACUUUGGCAGUCUUUCCAUCGACAUCACCUGGGACACACCAAGGCUUCUUCCUGAUUAUUAUAAACUAUCCAUCUCGGUUUUGUCACCAGACAUGAAGACCUCGACGAUCAGAUACUUCGUUUCCGGAGAGAAGAACCGAUUUUUGGUAAACCAUUUCAGCGGAGAUGGUUUAAAUGUCGAAAUUCAACUGAAGGCGUAUUCAAAGGGUGGUUUCUCAUCGGCGAUAGUUGGAGGGUCGCUGUCAGAGAUAAAGGAAAAUGCCUUAGAUAAUUAUAUACGAUUUUUCAUAAUGCCGUUGGGAGUCGUUAUUGUUUUUGUAUUUUUGAUACUUUUUGUUGCGUGUUUGAUCCUCAAGAUACAGAAAGAGAAUUCGGAAUUGAAUGCUAAGAUCAACAUCCAUAGGAAGAAGAUUAUGGCGAAAGCGCUACGUCGAUACUUACAGGAAGUACAUCGAAAUGAUGGUCUCGGAGAAAUUCUUGUAUAAAAAGUAUCUUUUUUAUAAAUAAAUGAAUCAAUUCGAA